ACUUCGAAUCCCGAGGACUCCGAUGGCGCUCAUGCUGAAAAAAGUAUGGGGAUCCGUCCUCAGCCGAUCGGGAUCGACCUCAUCUCGCCGGAGCUCGUCGGAUCUCUCGCCGGAGAGGUCGGGAUCGAUUUCGUCUCUGGGAGCGUUCGAUCAGCUCCCGAUCGAUAUCUUGAUGCAAAUCCUUAGGCUAUUGGGGCCUAGGGAUGCGUCGAGGAUGAGCGCGGUGUGUCGGUCGUGGAGAGUUUUGGUCACGGACAAUUCGCUGUGGAUUUUCUUUCUUAAGAAUGGGAAGGAGCCUUUCGAUUCUGUGGUUUUUGCUGAGAGUCACUUGAGAUUGGGGCCUCGUUCUCUGAUGUACUUUGGGUAUACGUCACCAUUAUCUUUCAUGAGUAUUCAUGCACAACGUGAGAAAGUGCGAGGAUCUAUUAUUAUUGAUGGUGGAUCUGGCUAUUGCAAAUAUGGUUGGAGUAAGUAUUGCGUUCCAUCUGGGCGUUGUGCAACAUUUUUGGAAUUUGGGAACAUUGAAACUCCAAUGUACUCAAGACUUCGGCAUUUUUUUUCAACAAUCUAUAGCAGGAUGCAGGUGAAGCCAUCAUCUCAACCAAUUAUUGUCUCUAUCCCAAUCUGCCAUUCUGAUGAUACUGAAACUGCUAGGGCAUCUAGGAGACAACUGAAAGAUGCAAUAUACACUGUCCUUUUUGAUAUGAAUGCGCCGGCUGUUUGUGCCAUCAACCAAGCAGUUUUAGCUUUGUAUGCUGCAAGACGUACUUCUGGAAUUGUUGUGAACAUUGGUUUUCAUGUAACAUCAAUUGUGCCAAUUAUGCAGGGAAGGGUAAUGCAUGAUGUGGGAGUUGAAGUUGUUGGACUAGGCGCCUUAAAACUUACGGGAUAUCUCAAGGAGCUAAUGCAGCAGAGAAACAUAAAUUUUGAGUCAUUAUACACUGUUCGGGCAGUAAAGGAGAAAUUAUGCUAUGUAGCUGCCGAUUACAAUGCAGAGCUACGUAAAGAUACACGAGCAUCAUGUGAAAUUGCUGGUGAGGGUUUGUUCAAUUUAUCAGAGGAGCGCUUCCAAGCUGCUGAACUCCUUUUUCAGCCCCAAAUUGGAGGGGUCCUUGCUAUGGGUCUGCAUCGAGCUUUAGCUCUUUGCAUGGAUCAUUGUACUGAAGCAGAAUUAGGCGAUGAUGGAUGGUUUAAAACCGUAGUCUUGGCAGGUGGAACUGCAUGCUUACCUGGAUUACCAGGUAGGUUAGAGAAAGAGGUGCAGAAAAUACUGCCUUCAUCUGUCUCUGAAGGGAUCAAGGUCAUUCCCCCUCCACAUGGAGCUGAUUCUGCAUGGUUUGGUGCAAAGAUUGUUAGUAAUGUAAGCACCUUUUCUGAAGCAUGGUGCAUAACAAAAAAGCAAUUUCGCCAGAAGUCUCGAAAAAAUCCAUCGUCCUUCUUGGGCUCAUGUUGGCAUGGAAACGAGCUCGAAAUAAAUGGUCAAAUUCCAUGGAGAUGGAAAGUUCUAAGAGCAUGUUGUGGAUAUUAUAAUCACGGUAAUAUGCGGCAGCAGCUAUAGAGACGAUCCUUCAUUCGAAGUUUAGCUUUAUCUGUAUAAAUCUUUUUUCCUUCGUUACGCUGGUGUAUUAUGUAUAUCUAUAACAAUUAUAGAACAGAUGAUGUUGUAUAUUUGCUGUAUUAUGUAAUAAUCCAUAACAGUUAUAGAAGAGAUGAUGCAUAUUUGUGUGGAGAUCAAUUUCUGUAAGGAUCUCCAGGAUA